GGGUAAAGUACGGAGUACUUUUUCGCUGUAAUACUGUAAAAUACAUCGGCAUUCACAAUUCAUACGCCAACGCAAGAUCUUCGAGGGGUCAAUUUUUUUUUUUCCUGUUCCCUCCCGCUCGUGCUUAUCACUUUGAAUUGACUAUUUUACUUUUCAACCACACUCACCCUCCUGCCUUUUAUUCCUCCUUCUUUUCUUCCCUUUUCUUUUCCCCUUCUUCUCAUCAUGUCCCAACCAACUCUUAACUCUUCCCAACAGCCUGAUGCCGCCGCCGCCCAAGUCGCCGGACAGUCCCCCUCCUCUUCCACCCGCACCGCCGAACUCGCCAAUCUUAAAAUAAGCCUGCGCGCCGCUCUGCGCCAGUUCCCCGACUUCCCGUCUCCUGGAAUUCUGUUCGAAGAUAUUUUACCCAUCUUUGCCAAUCCUACUUUGCAUGAAGCCCUUCUUCGCAGUCUAGAGUUGCACAUCCUUCAAAACCACGGCGACCAGAAGCCCGAUGUUAUUGUUGGUCUCGAGGCCCGCGGCUUCCUUAUCGGCCCCAGCCUCGCUUUGAGACUUGGCGCGAGCUUUGUCCCUGUGCGCAAGCAGGGUAAACUGCCCGGACCAUGUGAAACCCAGGCCUACGAGAAGGAAUACGGCCAGGACUUCUUCCAGAUGCAGGCUGAUUCGAUCAAGCCUGGCCAGAAGGUGAUCGUGGUGGAUGACAUAAUUGCAACUGGUGGUUCGGCCUGGGCAGCGGGUGAACUUAUUAAGAAGAUGGGUGGCGAGCUCAUGAGCUUCCUUUUCAUUCUCGAGCUUGAGUUUCUUAAGGGACGGGAAAAGCUUCCUGCUCCGGUCUAUACUCUCCUUUCUGGCCAGGAAGAAAAGCAUUAAUUGACGACCAACGACACUUGUUUUACCUGAUCAUUAUGAUUAUGCUGCCCGUAGACGGGCUUCGUUGUACCAAAGAAAACAGAAAAAAUACGCAUGUAUCCGCUUCCCCGCAACCAGGCGUUCGGGUUCGAUUCUCGACCGGUCGGUACAAUGCAGCGAUGAUUAUGAAAUGGGCUGCAUCUCAUUGGAAGGGCUGUAUGUCUCAAGAAAAUUAAGAAGCACAAUGCCUGCCCUUCCACCCCUCGGCGUUUUUCGUUUUAAGAGGUCACCUUCGCUCGUCGGGUGGAAUACCGGGUUAGACGAAGUCGGAACAAUGAUAUACAUCAUACAGUUGUUUUCUAGGGCAUGCAGGGAAACGUGAAUGCGUAUCUAAUUUCGUAUCACACUUUUACUGCUGGAGCAUACUAUAGACUCUGCAUAUGGAUAGCGAUAAUAUGGCAACUUCUUAUUGCAUCGCAC